UCAGAACCGGGUAACAUUCGGCGAUCGAACGCCGCGAUCGGCAGCGUCGCCAGAGGAGCAGGCGGCGCCCCCUCCCCCUCUCUCUUUCCCGGGCUUGCGUGGAUCGCCGCUCUCUGAAAUGAAUGGCUGAGAGGGGCGGGGGCUGAAAGGAGGCGCUGGAGGCGGCGGCGGCGGCAGGAGCGGCAGCCGCGGCGGCGAAGAAGGAAGGAGGAGGAUCUGUUGUCGCUUGCAUCCCGGGGGCCGUCCGUGCAGUGAGGGCGCAGGAAAGCGUGCGGAAGCCCCCGUCGUCAUGCCGUGCAGCCGGUGCUAAAGACGCCGAAAGAGACAUGCAGGGAUUCGUAAGGUUACGGUGCUCGGGCCGGAAGAUGUAAUCCCGGUGGUACUCUCUCAGUGAGCCCGGGCGGGCUGCAUAGAUUCUCGCUGCCGCUCAAGCCGACUUCUGGAAAAGCCGGGCGCUCGGCGGGCGGACUGGCUCGGUCUUCCUCGCUGUUGUGUUUGUGUCUCUCUCUCUCUGUGUGCUUUUAAAAAAACCUUACAGGGAUGUUUUGCGUGAGUUGAAGUUGCUGCCUGCCCUUAACACUCGGAGCCCCGCGUGCGAGUGCUUCUCUGCGUGUGUGUAUGCGUGUGCAUGCAAGAGAGAAGAGGGCGGGACGGAUUUCUCGGUCUCGCCACAGCAGAUUGGCGAGCCGGAGACCGGGACUCGGCGGCUUCUUUGGGUCGGAGCCGCCGCUGUCUUUGUCUUCCCUUCCUGCCUCCUCUCUGCAUGCGAGCCAAUUCCCGGCCUCUUUUGGAAAGCCACGCUGGGCGUGCUUCACUUCGCUUCUCUUUGCCCCGCUUCCUCGCGCUCGUCUUUCUCCUUCUCCCUGGCCUCCCCUCCCUUCCUCCCUCCCUCUCUCCCCUUUCCCCCUUCCUCCUAGCGCGAGCCAAAGAUGAAAGACAAGAGGGGAGAAAGUUAACGAAAUCGCCCACAUGCGCUGCAUCAGUCCGAGGCUUUGGGAAAGGAAUAAAGAGAAGGAGGGAGAAGAGAGUUUAAAGUCUUGGCAGGCGGGAAAAUGGCGGACUCAAGCUGAAAGUGUCAGUUGGCAAACUUGGGCGAUCUUUGUGUUUAUUUACGAUUCUCUUGACCCAAUUAGGACACAUGCAGGCCAAAAAACGCUACUUCACCCUGCUCUCGGCUGGCACUUUUGUCGUCCUUCUGUUCUACUUCGGCGGCUUGCAGUUCAGAGCAUCCAGAAGCCAAAGCCGGCUAGAGGCGCGCAGUAGCAAGAAUGGCUUGCAGCGCCCCAGCCCCGAACGCUACUGGCCCCGGUUCCCGGACGCCCUGCGCCCUUUCGUUCCCUGGGAUCAGCUGGAGAGCGAGGAUUACAACCGACACGCGUCCCCUCGCCAGAAGCGCGACGCCAACACCGGCGUCUUCAAGGGCAAGAAGUGCCGCAUGGAGUCCUGUUUCGACUUCGCCCUUUGCAAAAAAAACGGCUUCAAGGUCUACGUCUACCCGCAACAAAAAGGGGAGAAAAUUGCCGAGAGUUACCAAAACAUCCUCGCGGCCAUCGAAGGCUCCCGGUUUUAUACUUCUGACCCCAGCCAAGCUUGCCUCUUCGUCCUCAGCUUGGACACCUUAGACAGAGACCAGCUUUCCCCUCAGUACGUGCACAACCUGCGGUCCAAAGUGCAAAGCCUCCAUUUGUGGAACAACGGGAGGAAUCAUUUAGUUUUUAACUUAUAUUCCGGCACCUGGCCUGACUACACGGAGGACGUGGGCUUUGACAUUGGCCAGGCCAUGUUGGCCAAAGCCAGCAUCAGUACGGAAAACUUCCGGCCGAAGUUUGACGUCUCCAUCCCUCUUUUUUCUAAGGAUCACCCAAGGACAGGAGGAGAGAAAGGCUUCUUGAGGUUUAACACCAUCCCACCUCUGAGGAAGUACAUGUUGGUGUUCAAGGGGAAAAGAUACCUAACUGGGAUAGGAUCAGACACCAGGAAUGCCUUAUAUCAUGUCCAUAAUGGGGAAGAUGUUGUCCUUUUGACCACCUGCAAGCAUGGCAAAGAUUGGCAGAAGCACAAGGAUUCUCGGUGUGAUAGGGACAACGCCGAGUAUGAAAAGUAUGAUUAUCGUGAAAUGCUGCACAAUGCCACUUUCUGUCUGGUCCCCCGUGGCCGGAGGCUUGGAUCCUUCAGGUUCUUGGAGGCCCUGCAGGCUGCCUGUAUUCCUGUGAUGCUCAGCAAUGGAUGGGAACUCCCAUUCUCCGAGGUGAUUGAUUGGAAUCAAGCUGCCGUCAUAGGAGAUGAGAGAUUGUUACUACAGAUCCCUUCUACAAUCAGGUCUAUCCAUCAGGAUAAAAUCCUAGCACUUAGACAGCAGACACAGUUCUUGUGGGAGGCUUAUUUUUCUUCAGUUGAGAAGAUUGUAUUGACCACACUAGAGAUUAUUCAAGACAGAAUAUUUAAGCACAUAUCCCGUAACAGUUUAAUAUGGAAUAAACACCCCGGGGGGUUGUUCGUACUGCCGCAGUAUUCAGCAUAUCUGGGAGAUUUCCCUUACUAUUAUGCUAACCUAGGAGUCAAGGCCCCAUCCAAAUUCACCGCUGUCAUCCAUGCAGUUACUCCUUUGGUUUCUCAAUCUCAACCUGUGCUGAAACUCCUGGUUGCAGUAGCCAAAUCCCAGCACUGUGCCCAGAUCAUUGUCUUAUGGAAUUGUGAUAAGCCCCUCCCUGCCAAGCAUCGCUGGCCUGCCACUGCUGUGCCUGUCAUUGUUAUCGAAGGAGAAAGCAAGGUGAUGAGCAGUCGCUUCCUGCCCUAUGAGAACAUUGUCACAGAUGCUGUUCUAAGCCUUGAUGAGGAUACGGUGCUUUCAACCACUGAGGUGGAUUUUGCCUUCACAGUCUGGCAGAGUUUUCCAGAGAGGAUUGUGGGUUAUCCUGCCCGCAGCCACUUUUGGGACAACACUAAGGAGAGGUGGGGCUACACAUCAAAAUGGACUAAUGACUAUUCCAUGGUAUUGAGUGGAGCUGCUAUUUACCACAAAUAUUAUCACUACCUGUACACUCAUUACCUGCCUGCUAGUCUGAAGAACGUGGUGGACCAACUGGCCAAUUGUGAAGACAUUUUGAUGAACUUUUUGGUGUCCGCUGUGACAAAAUUGCCUCCCAUCAAAGUAACACAGAAGAAACAGUAUAAGGAAACCAUGAUGGGACAGACUUCCCGGGCUUCUCGGUGGGCUGACCCAGAUCAUUUUGCUCAGAGGCAAAGCUGCAUGAACACUUUUGCCAGCUGGUUUGGCUAUAUGCCGCUGAUCCAUUCUCAGAUGAGGCUCGAUCCCGUGCUCUUUAAAGAUCAGGUCUCCAUCCUGAGGAAGAAAUAUCGAGACAUUGAACGACUUUGAGGAGCCCAGCUGAGGGGUGGGUGGGAGUGGGAACUGGAUGGUUCACCUAGCCCAGCGCAGAGCCACAGAUCCUCGAGUCAGACCGCACCAAGAGCAACUAAACCCAAAAAUUCGCAACAUGCCAAUGUAGCCAAGUAGCUCUGGACCCAAAGGGAAAACUGGGUGCGCUGGACUGCUUUGAAACCCUCUCACAGGCUGCAGGUCCCUCAAGACUAGGUUGUGUACAGUUUCAUUAUGGAACAUUAAAUAAUUAUUUUUUGAAAUGAUUGCUAUGCAGGUUUAAACUUUUUUAAUGAUAAAAAAUCCCUAUUAAAACAGAGUUCUUUCUUUAAUCAAAA